CGCAGCCUUGCCUGCAAGGCACGCGGCCGACCUGCUCGACGCACAGCUGCGGGAGGUGGACGCCGCGCUCGUCGAGCACAUCGCGACGCAGGGCGCCGAUCUCAACAUCGCGGUGAUGAAGUGGCUCGGAUGCCUGAUGGUGCGGGAGCUCCCAGUGCACCUGUGCGCGCGGCUCUGGGACACGUGCAUCGCGGAGUCCGCGCUGGGGGCCCGCCGGGGCUUCUCGGACUUCCUCGUAGGCCUCUUCGUCAGCCUGCUCGCCUCCCACGGCGACCAUCUCCGAGCGGCCGAGUUCGACGCCCUGAUGGAGUUCUUCCUCCGGCCGCCGGUGGCCCGCAUCGGGCUCGGGGGGCUGGACGUGCUGAUCAGCGAGGCUUUCAUGCACAUGUCGAGGAUGGACAAGCCCUCGGCCGCUCCUCGUUGCUCGACGGGUAUCCAGGCCGCGGAGCACGCGGCCGAGCCCGAGCCGCGGACACCAGCCGAGCCCUCCGGGGAGCAGCCCGCUGCUUUUGCACCGCCGCCGCCGCGGGGCACCCGGCCGCCUGGAGCGCGGCGACGACCUCCGCGCCCACGGCCUCCCUCCUCGGCAGCACGGGCAGCCGUUGCUCGGGCAGCCAGCUGGGGGAGGACCACUGCGCCAACAGCGAGGGCAGCGGCCCCGAGGGCAGGGCCUUCUCGUGCAGCUCCGGGGGGCCCUCGCUCGCGGCCGCCCGAG